AUGCAGUACGUGGAUCCGCCCGCGCAACAGAUGAUGAAUAUGAUGCCUGCGUACAGUUGCGGGUAUGGGCGAGGGGACACUUUGUCUCCGGCGUCCGAUAUGUCUUCGUGCAGCAGUGCGUCCUCAGGGGCUUGGUGCGGCGCCGGCCCGUGGCGGGAUCUGCCUUACCCGCAGUACUCGGCCUACUGGCCGCCAGCCGCCGCCGAAGAAGCCAGGGAACUUCAGCGCCGUUGCGCCAAGUGCCGGUGCCCCAACUGCCUCACUGAAGCCGCCGGCUUCGGUCCCAACUACGGAAAGGACGGCGUCAAAAGGGAACACGUCUGCCACGUUCCCGGUUGCGGGAAAGUGUACGGAAAAACCUCGCAUCUAAAGGCCCAUUUACGUUGGCAUACCGGCGAGCGGCCGUUCGUAUGCAACUGGCUAUUUUGCGGCAAACGUUUCACCCGCUCCGACGAGUUGCAGCGGCAUUUGAGGACGCACACCGGGGAGAAGAGAUUCGCUUGCCAAAUGUGUACGAAGAGAUUUAUGAGGUCCGACCACUUAGCGAAGCAUGUGAAAACCCAUGCUAAUGUAUCCAGAAAGAACAAAAAAGCGAAGGAAGAUGAGAAAGAUGAAGCUCCGCAAGAAAAAGUGCCAGAGCAACAAUCCAACUCUGUUACACCAGCGUCUUCUACAAGUGCCCCAUUGACGACAGUCGGUAGUACCAAUUAUGGAACUGUGCCGGUCGCAAGCGUUGCGAAGCCGAUGUCCCUAAACUAUGCUGCAGUGGCACCGAAUUUUGCAGCCACUUCAAACAGUUAUAUGUACCCGAAUGGAUCUAUGAUGAGCGGAUGGUACCCGGACGUGAGACAAGAUCCGUUGUACGCCCGAACCCCGGUCAGAGACCCUCGGUACGCUGGUGCAGUGCAGUAUCAACAAUACCAACCAAUUGCCUCGUACCAAUGUGCCAGUAAAGAAAACUACGCCAUGUUUCAGGGACAUUACAACUUACAACCACCAGUUGCUCUCGGACAAUAA